GGCGACGCGAUAGAUCCUCGCCCAAGACUAAUUACCUUCGUACCUGGAGAGCAUAGCUAGCCAAACGCGAGCCUCAAACAGGCCGUGCCCCCUCAGAAGUGCACGCCGACGGGCCUCCUUGGGCAUCUCGACAGCCACUCGCCACCUGUCCAGCCCCUAUACCCUCUGCCCUCUGCCCUCCGGCCCUCUGCUCGCUCGGCCGCCUUUCGCUCCAGCCUCACCGCACCGUCGGCCUGCCUGCUCCCCGCUCCCGCCGGCCUCCCGUCUCUACCGCCCACACACCGGCACUGCGUCUUCUGCACAGCACCGCGAGACCGCCGCGCCCGCUGCCACCAUGUCCUGGAAGCUCACCAAGAAGCUCAAGGAGACGCAUCUGGCGCCGCUCGCCAACACGUUCAGCCGCUCGUCGUCGACGUCGACCAUUGUGGACCAGCAGACGCCCAGGGCCGCAACGAGCCCUGCCAGCAGCAAUGCGACGCUCGCCGACCCCAGCGGCGUUGCCGCCUCAGACGCGAACGCAGCCCCACCGCCAGCGCCCCUCCGCCCUGGCAUCCUGAUCGUCACACUCCACGAGGGCAAGGGCUUCUCUCUCCCGCCGGGCGCCGAGGCUGCCUUCAGCGGCGGCUCGCAUCACCAGGGUUCUCUCUCGACCGGCGGUGGCUUCUCCGUGGCGGGGUCGAUGCGCCCGGGCUCGUCGCGGAAUCCCGUCGUUGGCUCGUACACCGGCCAGGGCCGCCCGCAGUCUGCCGCUGGUAGCAUCAACGCGGCGCCCACCAUCCACGGCCGCUACUCGUCGAAGCACCUGCCCUACGCUCUGGUCGACUUCGACAAGCAGCAAGUCUUCAUCAACGCCGUCUCUGGCACACCAGAGAACCCACUGUGGGCUGGCGGCAACACACAGUACAAGUUCGAUGUUUCCAGAGUCACCGACCUGACCGUCUCCCUCUACAUCCGCAACCCUACCGCGCCUCCCAACGCUGGCCGAAAUGAGGACAUUUUCAUUGGAACUCUGAGGAUCAACCCCCGAUUCGAGGAGCAGCGCGAUGGCAAGGACAGAAAGGGAGAGGCCAUUGCUGCUGGCCAGGCUGGCGCUGAUUGGAUCAGUGUCCAGUUCGGCAGCGGCCAGAUGAGGGUCGGCGUCAACUUCGUCGAGAACCGACAAGACCGAUUGGCCAUCGACGACUUUGAGCUGCUCAAGGUUGUUGGAAAGGGCAGCUUCGGAAAGGUCAUGCAGGUGCAGAAGAAGGACACACACCGAAUCUACGCCCUGAAGACCAUCCGCAAAGCCCACAUCAUUUCUCGAUCCGAGGUCGCGCAUACUCUCGCUGAGCGAUCCGUUCUGGCUCAGAUCAACAACCCCUUCAUUGUACCACUAAAGUUCUCUUUCCAAUCACCAGAGAAGCUCUAUCUUGUCUUGGCCUUUGUCAACGGAGGCGAGCUGUUCCACCACCUGCAGAAAGAGCAAAGAUUCGACAUCAACCGUGCGCGAUUCUAUGCUGCAGAGCUGCUAUGCGCGCUGGAGUGCCUGCACGGGUUCAAUGUCAUUUACCGUGACCUGAAGCCCGAGAACAUUCUGCUCGACUACACUGGCCACAUUGCGCUGUGCGAUUUCGGCCUCUGCAAGCUUGACAUGAAGGACGAGGACCGCACAAACACAUUCUGUGGAACACCGGAGUACCUUGCUCCUGAGCUCCUCACUGGCGGCGGCUACACGAAAUCGGUAGAUUGGUGGACACUCGGUGUCCUCCUCUACGAGAUGUUGACAGGGCUGCCCCCUUUCUACGACGAGAACACCAACGACAUGUACCGCAAGAUUCUCACCGAGCCGCUCCACUUCCCUGGCCCCGAGAUCGUUCCCCCUGCUGCACGCGACCUCCUGACCCGUCUGCUUGACCGCAACGCAGAGAAGCGCCUGGGAGCCAAGGGUGCGGCUGAGAUCAAGGCACACUACUUCUUCCACAGCAUUGACUGGCGCAAGCUUUUGGAGAGGAAGUACGAGCCGAGUUUCAAGCCCAAUGUGGUCGACGCCAAGGACACUGCCAACUUUGAUCGCGAGUUCACCUCAGAAGCACCCACAGAUUCGUACGUCGAUGGGCCGAUGCUGUCGCAGACCAUGCAAGAGCAGUUCGCUGGCUGGUCUUACAACCGGCCGGUUGCUGGCCUCGGAGAUGCUGGUGGCUCCGUAAAGGACCCAUCUUUCGAGGGUGUCGCGGAUAGGAAGUAAGGUCAUCCUUGUUCAAGAAACGGUGACUGAAUUAGCUCGGCCAAUAGUCGGCUGCCUCGGCGAUCGGACCGUCGCCUUUGCAACUUUAGAUACUGUUGUUGUCGGGCUUUGGAGCAUACAUAGAUGAGCGUGUGAUUGGUGGGAACUCUCAGCGCUUUUGGCUAUUUUGGUUCUGUAACGGCAUCGGCGCAUGGGGGCAGCAUUUUGUUCUUGGAACACGCCCAGAUAGGCAAUGCAAGAUGAUAUCCCACUCUGC